GCCUGGCUGGAGAGCCAUCAGGGACAAAGGAUGGACUUCAUUGACCUUCUCCUGCUCGCUAAGGAUGAGGAUGGCAACAGCUUGUCGGAUGAGGACAUCUCGGCCGAGGCUGACACCUUCAUGUUUGAGGGUCAUGACACGACAGCCAGUGGCUUGGCAUGGUUGCUCUACAACCUGGCCCGUCACCCGCACUACCAGGAGAGGUGCCGGCAGGAGGUCCGUGAGCUCCUCAAAGGCCGGGAUGUGGAGGAGAUUGAAUGGGAGGACCUGUCCCACCUGCCCUUCACCACCAUGUGCAUCAAGGAGAGCCUUCGCCUGCAUCCCCCCGUCACCGCCGUGUCCCGGCGCUGCACCGAGGACAUCGCCCUUCGUGAUGGACGUGUCAUCCCCAAGGAGAUCAUCUGCCUGAUGAGCAUCUACGGGACCCACCACAACCCAGACAUCUGGCCUGAGCCCCAGGUCUACAACCCACUGAGGUUCAGCCCGGAGAACAGCCAGGGUCGGUCCCCGUUGGCCUUCAUCCCCUUCUCCGCCGGUCCCAGGAACUGCAUCGGGCAGAGCUUCGCCAUGGCUGAGCUGAAGGUGGUGGCAGCGUUGACGGUGGCACACUUUGUCAUCCGGUUGGACGAGGAGAGGCCACCACGGCGCAAGCCCGAGCUCAUCCUCCGCACCGAGGACGGGCUCUGGCUGCUGCUGGAGCCACUGCCAGAGGUGGCCUGAAGGACACAGGGUCAC